UACCGCGGUUGUGUUCUACGUGCAGAACGGGCAUCCUUCCAGGGUGAUCAAGGCAUCAGAUGUCUCACGAACUCUGCAUGUUCAGCUUUUGAAAGAGAAGGCUGACUUUCUGCUUUUUAAAGUCCUGCGGGUUGACACGGCUGCCUGUCUUUUAAAAUGCUCUGGACAUGGACACUGUGACCCUAUAACAAAGCGUUGCGUUUGCUACCAGCUCUGGAUGGAAAACUUGAUUCAUCGUUAUCUAAAUGAUGGAGAGAGUAAUUGCGAGUGGAGUAUACUCUAUGUGACUGUAUUUAUUUUUAUAUUGAUUGUGGUCAUGGUGGGGCUUGUCUGGUUCUGUGUCUGCUGCUGCAAAAGCAGAAAGAGGACAAAGAUAAGAAAGAAAACAAAAUAUACCAUCCUAGAUAACAUAGAUGAGCAGGAGAGAAUGGAGCUACGACCCAAAUAUGGUAUAAAACACAGAAGUACAGAACACAACUCCAGUCUGAUGGUCUCCGAGUCAGAGUUUGACAGCGAUCAGGACACUAUCUUCAGCAGAGAAAAGAUUGAAAGAGAGAAUCCUAAAACCCUCAUGAACGGAUCCAUCAGAAAUGGAGUUUCCUUCAACUAUGGCUCCAAAGACAGAUAA